AUGGAUUUAUUUAUAAUUAAUAGGUAUACAGGUGAAUCCGAAAACAAUAGCAAUAUCCAAGAAACACAUCGUCUACAAAAACUGCAGCAAAAAAUUGAGGAAAGGAGGAAAGCCACCACUAACAAAAUAAGACAUGACAAGUCACUUAAAUUAAUAGCUUCAAGUGAAGAAAAUGAGGGAAAACAAAAAGGUUUAGCUACAGUUGAAACUAAAACAAAUCUAGUUAACCAUAAUGAGAUAUUACAAGAAGAAAAUGACACAAAUAUAACACACCCGAUUGUUGAAAAGACUAAAGAUAAAAGUGAUUUUAAAGUACUUGGUAAUAGUGACUUUGAAAAGAAACAAGUGGUUGAAAGAGUGUUACCAUACUGGUUAUCACAUGCACACAGUAUUUCGAAAAACUUGCAAAAGCUUACUUGUCACGUAGUUGACCAGCCUUGGUUACAUAGUACUCUAAAAGAAACAUUAGCCAAUGAAGGUGUCACACACUUAUUCCCUGUGCAAGAGCAAGUUAUUCCUUUUAUAUUGAAGGAACAGGGUCUACCGGCUCCUCUUUGGCCUCAUGACAUUUGUGUUUCUGCUCCCACGGGCAGUGGUAAAACGUUAUCAUUUGUCUUACCAAUUAUACAGACACUAAUGUUAGAACUUGGUCAUCACAUAAGAGCAUUAGCAGUUUUGCCAGUUCAAGAAUUAGCCACACAAGUAGCAACCGUUUUCAAAAAAUAUUGUACUAACACUGGUCUCAGAGUUGCAUUACUUAGUGGAUCAGUACCACGGCAAAAGGAACAACAACAGUUGCUAAAAUAUACUGAUUCUCUUGGAUGGGUCAGUGAAGCCGACAUAAUUGUAUGUACUGCUGGAAGAUUAGUUGAGCACUUACAAAACACAGAAGGAUUUUCUCUGAAAUAUUUAAAGUUUCUUGUGAUCGAUGAAGCUGACAGAAUUAUGGAUAACAUACAAAAUGAUUGGCUCUACCACUUAUAUAAGCACAUACAGCUGGAGGGCCAUGCAGGAAAUAAAAUUUCACAACUUAACUGGAAAUUCAUUGAUAAAUUACAGUGUCCCCCACAAAAACUUCUAUUCUCAGCAACACUUACCCCUGAUCCUGAGCUGUUAGAACGAUGGGGCCUUUUUCAACCUAAACUAUUUUCUGUUGCUCCAAUAUCAGACAAUGUGGACAAAAAUAAGGUCAAAAAGUUUUCAACCCCUGAUGAGUUAAAAGAACAGUUUGUUACUUGUUCCAUUGAAGAAAAACCACUGAUUCUUUUCCACUUCUUAAUGGAACAAAAGUUUGAUAAAGUUUUAUGUUUUACUAAUUCUGGACAGUCAGCACACAGAUUAACUGUAUUGCUGAACAAUUGGGCUCAAGAUAAAAUUAAAGUUGCUGAAUUGUCAGCGUCAUUAGAUAGAACGUCUAGAGAAAACGUUUUAAAAAACUUUAAACUUUCUGAAAUCAACGUAAUUGUAAGUACAGAUGCUUUAGCAAGAGGAAUAGAUAUACCCAACUGUAAAUAUGUAAUAUCAUAUGAUCCUCCUAAAAACAUAAAGACAUAUGUUCAUAGAGUAGGCCGUACAGGAAGAGCUGGCAACAUUGGACACGCCAUUACUAUUCUAGUCCAAAAUCAGGUUCAAAUGUUCAAGGAAAUUCUGCAAUCAGGAGGCAAAGAGGAUAUUUCACAAGUGGAAUUUACUGCAGAUACCUUACAGCCACUUAUAGAUGGCUAUCAGAGAGCGAUGGAAGUAACGAAACAAUCUAUUCAUACAGAAAUUAACAAUAAAGUUAAAAAAUCCAUUGAAGUCAAAAGAGGUGUAAAGCCUAGUUCACAAAAAAGGAAACACAAUGGUUGA